UGACUGGUACGCGUCUCGUGCACACAUACCUUAUCCACCCGCCUCCAUCUGCCUCCACACUCCGCAGCAACGUCGAGCAAAGCAUAUCCCCUCCUAUGCUUCCAUGGAUUACCUUUCUCUCUCCUCCCCCAAGCCAGCUCCCAGCCCCUGAACGGAACACAGUCACAUAGCAUCUAGAGAGAGAGAGAGGCUAACCAAAAUGGCGUUAGCCUGCACCACCAGGCUAAUCCACCCCUGCAUGAUGUCGAAGAACCCAAGAGCACCGCCGCCGCCCUUGCACAUCCGCAUCCACAGGUCCCUGAGCACCGCGCUGACCUCGUCGCCUCACUUCGCGCUCCACUCCGUCGACGUCUCCAAGGACGACAAGCCGCUCGAGACGACCCCGCUGCCGCCGACUGCGGAGAGCAAACAAGAAGCCGCCCCCGCCGGCGACGUCGUGCCAUUGCCUGAGGAGAUAGGGAGCGAGGAGGACGGCCCGCAGCUGGACCCGCGGCGGUUCGAGGAGAAGUUCGCGGUGCUGAACACGGGGAUCCACGAGUGCCGGUCGUGCGGGUACCGGUACGACCAGGCGGCGGGGGACCCGUCGUACCCGGUGCCGCCGGGGCUGCCGUUCGCGCAGCUCCCCGACGACUGGCGGUGCCCCACGUGCGGCGCCGCGCAGUCCUUCUUCGAGAGCAAGAGCGUCGAGAUAGCCGGGUUCGCGGAGAACCAGCAGUUCGGGCUCGGCGGCAACUCACUCACCUCCGGUCAGAAGGGGCUUCUGAUCUAUGGCGGCCUCCUCCUCGGUUUCCUCUUCUUCAUCUCCGGAUACUUCUUGCAAUGAGAACCACGACGCCAGCUGCUGCUUGGCAGCUUGAAACGAUGGUCAAUUCUAGUUGGGAUAAAUCUCCACGAGAAGUGUUAUCUCUAGGAUUAAAACCGAUGGGAUGACUGAUGAGUAGUUUAUAGUACAUGAAACAAUUAAAAAUCUGUAUGCAUACAUAGAGACAACCUAUUGUAUUAUAUAUAGGUUAACGUUAGUUUUAAAAGUGUCUCUAAAUGACAUGGCCUUGACUUAUAGACCAACUUUGUGAACA